AUGGUCCCGGUGCCCCUUCCCCGCGGCCUCCCGGGCGAGGGGGACGGGACGUGGGCCCUGCCCGCGGCUCUCGCUCCUCCCGGGCUCGGCCUCACCCGCUCUUUUCCAGGUGCUGUGGAGCUCUGGGAGCUGGAUGAGAAGGAAACCCUCAUCGUGAAUAAAUUCUGUAAAUACGAGCACGAUGACAUUGUGAUGGCAGUGAGCGUGCUUGCUAACUUCCCCGCGGCCUCCCGGGCGAGGGGGACGGGACGUGCUGUGGAGCUCUGGGAGCUGGAUGAGAAGGAAACCCUCAUCGUGAAUAAAUUCUGUAAAUACGAGCACGAUGACAUUGUGAUGGCAGUGAGCGUGCUUGCUAACAGCACCCACGCUGUCAGUGGCGGCAGAGACUUCUGCGUGAAGGUGUGGGAGCUCCCCGAGGAGGCCGUGCUGCACUCCUACCGAGCUCACACUGCUUCAGUGACAUGUGUGGCUUCCUGUCCUGGUAAGGACACUGUGUUCCUGUCCUGUGGCGAGGACAACAGAACUUUGCUCUGGGACACCAGAUGCCCCAAACCAGCUACUCGAAUUGUUUGCAGUGCCUGUAGUUACCUCCCUACCUCAGUGAUGUGGCAUCCACAAAACAGUGACAUUUUUGCUUUGGGUGAUGAAAAUGGGACAGUUGCACUAGUAGACACAAAGAUGCCUGAUUCUGCCCUCAGUGCUGCUGUGCAUUCCCGAAGUAUCACGGGCUUUGCGUUUUCUGCACACAGUUCACCCUUCCUGGCUUCAAUCAGUGAAGACUGUUCAGUAGCUGUUCUGGACUCAAACCUUUCAGAGGUGUUCAGAAACCGUUCUCAUCAAGACUUUGUAAAAGGCUUAUCAUGGUCUCCCUCAGACAACACCUUGCUCACUACAGUUGGAUGGGAUCACCAGGUUUUACAUCACAACGUACCACUUCCAACUGCUGAAGCUUCUGGGAUCAACUGUGUAAAAGAAUAGUUUUAUAAACUCAUUGGUCCCAAUUCCUUCCUGGUGUUACUUUGAUUCUGCUGCAGUCAAAGGUGUUUGUGAGCCAGAAGGGGUAUAGUCUGUUGUCCACCUUCAUGCUUGUGGCCAAGAAGGUUCCU